AAUGAUCAACUAGAACGGUUUUGGCGAUAUUGAGUUAAAAGAUUUUUUUCCCUAAUAUUUAGAAAUAAUCUCAAAGGAUGACAUACAGAGAAACAUGUGCUGAACUAGUCAUUGCUAUCCAUUUUCCUUUCAAAUCUAAGUGACUUGUAAGGAGGAAUACUUUGCAAAAAAUAGCAGAUAAACCCAGUAAAAACAUUUUCUUCAUGUACUCAUUCUGCCAAAAUACGAUAUUGCUACCUGCGAAAUAUCACCGAUAGAUCUCUGUAUUAGGUUAAUGUCAAAAUUGAGGAAACCAUUUUUGUUGAAGAUCUAUAAAAUAAGAUUCAUAACCGAAGUGCUCGUAAAGGUAAAAUAUAAUUUUCUUUGCUCUUUGAGAGAAACUGCAAAACUUACUCACUUUUCAAUCGCAGCUUUUCGUGCACUGCUCCAAAGCUUUGGAACUCCCUUCCCGUCAAGAUCAGGGAAGCUGACACGCUAACUGCUUUCAAAAGCCUGCUAAAAACCCACUUCUUUGUACAAUAUUUUGUUAACUGACCGAACCAUUGAUGCUUUUUGCUUCUUCUUCUUCAUAAAACAGCGUUUUACAUUUAUGAAUUUUGUUAAUGUGGAAUACAUUAUUUUUGUAUGCGUAUUUGUUAGUAUUUUUGCAAUUUUUCCGUGAAGCACUUUUGAACGUGUACAUGUGCAUGAAAAGAGUGCUAUAUAAAUGUGGUAUAAUAAUAAUAAUUAAACCAAUCAAUCAAACACGUUGUUAAAGAUUGUCUUCAGUUAACGCGUCAGUCAAAACAGCAUUUUAUUGUUUAUUUUUACAUUUUGAAUGAGUUACCCAUGAAAAAUACUGUAUCAUGCCAAAAUCCCAUGCAUUAUAUGAUACUAGGUGUUAGAAACAUAAAUGUAGUUUCUAAUAUUUGUUGUAUCUGACGCUAUUUAUUUGACGUCUGUUUGGCGUCUUCAGCCACGUGAUAAUUUGCGGCGUUCGUUGACGUCAACGUCAUACUUGUUUAUACUUCCGCCCAGACUUUGAAACGUUAACUGAACUGAACGUUAACUGUGGACAUUAAUUAUUCUGAUGAGACUUGAUGAGUAAGAGACCAAAUUCGAGAAUCGCUAUAACUAGAGAAAUAAAAGAGUAAAGGCGCAUCUCUCGUUUAGUCACUGAGUUGAUCCAAGUCCCAGAACAAUUCUCGAAUGUUCGAAUAAUCGAAUGCUCGAAUCCAGCGGUUGAUGUAGAUCCACUGAAGAAACAGUGACGAUACCAUUGGAUACAAGAUGACAGACUCUGAAAAUAAAACCUUUCAAGGACUUAAGCGGUCAAGGUCAGCACAAUGUGCGCAACUGACGAAACUGUAUAAGGAGUUGGAGCAAUACAUGAUUUCUCAUGAUAAUGAUGAUCUUGUUGAAAACUUGUAUGUGAAACUGUGCGACAAAUUCAACGCUUUCAAGAACAUACAUUUAGAGUGCCUAGACUUAUGUGACGAACCCGCCGAUUGUGAAAAUCUAGAACAAUCCUAUGAGUGUUAUCAUAAUAAUUUCACAGAGUUUCAGGAAAGAUAUGAACAAUGGAAGUCAUCGAACCAGUAUAAUGAAAAUGACGAAAUUUGUAGCAAUGCGUCAUCAACGUGUAAAAUGAAACUUGCGAGUUCCAAAGCUAAACGUUUGAUUGCUGAGCAAAAGUUAAAUUCUCUUAGAAAAAAACACGAGCUUGAACUGGCGCGCAGAGAAAUAGAAAUUAAACAGCAAGAACUUGAAUAUCAGUGUGAAUUAGAGCAAGCGCGUAUUGAAGAAUCGGUCUGGCACGAGGCAUUGGAGGAAGAAACUGGUGAACACGUGCAAGAUUCGUCAUAUGUGAAGCAGACGACAGUAAAUGAUUUCACUUCCGGUCAUGAACAGUCUGAUAAGAACACAAGAAGUGCACACGACGACUGUGUAAUUAUAAAUACACCUAACAACACUCAUUUGGUAACGGAGCAACGUAAGAAUGGAUCAAUGAAUCAGAACGCGCAUCCAUCUGAGAAUGUAGUCACGAGCGUUUUGAGAAAUACAGACACUAGCGUUUUGAGAAAUACAGACACUAACGUUUUGAGAAAUACAGACACUAGCAUAGAAUCAGCUUUUCAGUUGCUGGCAAAUACGUUACAAGAAGGAUUCAACUUACCAAAGCCGGAGCUCCUGAGAUUCAGCGGUUCAACAUUGGAAUACUGCAAAUUUGUGAAUAACUUUGAAACAAACAUUGACUGUAAAGUUCGUGACGACAGGUUACGACUUAGUUACUUGAUCACUACUGCGACGGAGAGGCAAAGAGUGCAAUAGAAGACUGUGUAUUACUGAGUCCAAGUGAAGGUUAUAAACGAGCAAGAGACAUUUUGUACUCACGGUACGGUAGGCCACAUAACAUUGCUAGAACUUAUGUAGAUAAAAUUGUUAAUGGUCAUUCCUUAAAGGCGUCCGACACUAAUGGUCUUUCAGAUUUAGCACUUGAAAUGAGAAAAUGUGAAAUUACUUUGUCUCAGUUAGGAUUUAAGUCAGACAUAGAUAACACAGACAACUUACGUCGCAUUGUGAGACGUUUGCCUAUGCACGUCCGCGGUAAAUGGGUAGAUAUUGCACACUCAAUUACUGAGUCUGGUAGGGAACUGUGCUUUUCAGAUCUAGUGAACUUUGUAGAAGAAAAGGCUCGAAUCGCCACUUCCCUAUAUGGCCUUGACCUUGCAAAUGAGAAGAGUCAUGGUAAGAUUGUUAUAGAUCGAACCUUUAAGUCAAAGCCAAGUCCUGCACCUCGUAGAAAUAAUGCUGUCAGUUUUGCUACGAAUAGUGCAGUAAACAAUCCUAUGUAUAAGCCGUCACGUAAGUGCUAUUGUUGUUCAGGUAGUUGUAAAGAUUUAGCUUCAUGUACGAAAUUUACAGCCAUGAAUUUAAAUGACAGGGAACAGUUUGUAAAAAAGAACAGACUUUGUUUCAAUUGUUUAAAGGGCAAACAUUUUUCUAACGUUUGUAGAAAAUCUACUGGGUGCAAUGUAACAGAAUGUAAAUCUAGACACCACUUUCUUUUACAUAGUUGGGUAGAUAGUAAAUCUGAUCACACAGAUCAACAAUCCGUCGUAAAUUGCGCAACUAAAAGCGGAUCUUAUGUGAAGAACUGUUUAGGUAUAAUACCUGUACUUGUUAGAGGUAAAAGUGGGACGUACUGCAAGACUUAUGCUCUGCUUGACGAGGGAGCUGACCAAACAUUAUGUGAUGAACGCUUGUUGAAAACGCUGAACCUACCCUCUAAACCUGUGACGUUCAAGAUGUCUACAGCAAGCUCUUCCGGUAUUAUCGUCGAAGGACAGGAAGUUGAGCUGCACGUGCAACCGGCGUCAGGUGGUAACGACGUUACGUUGAGAAAAGUUUGGUCAGUGAAAUCUCUUCCAGUAUCAACUAGAUCUGCUGCGAAAAACGCUGACAUCCGAGAUCUACCAUA